AUGCUGAUAGUGGCGGAGCUUGGAAGACUAAGCCCGGAAGUGCCGAUAGCAGACCCUACUCUAGCUGAAAUGGGAAAAAACUUGAAGGAGGCCAUGAAGAUGCUCGAGGACAGUCAGAGAAGAACAGAGGAGGAAAAUGGAAAGAAGCUCCUGUCAGGGGAUAUUCCAGGGCCACUGCAAGGCAGUGGACAAGACAUGGUGAGCAUCCUCCAGUUAGUUCAGAAUCUGAUGCACGGAGAUGAAGACGAGGAGCCCCAGAGCACCCGAAUUCAGAAUAUUGGAGAACAAGGUCAUAUAUCUUUGUUGGGGCAUAGUCUGGGAGCUUACAUUUCAACUCUGGAUAAAGAGAAGCUAAGAAAACUUACUACUAGGAUACUUUCAGACACUACCUUAUGGCUCUGCAGAAUUUUCAGGUAUGAAAAUGGCUGUGCUUAUUUCCACGAAGAAGAAAGAGAAGGACUCGCAAAGAUCUGUAGGCUUGCCAUCCAUUCCCGUUACGAAGACUUCGUAGUGGAUGGGUUCAACGUGUUAUAUAACAGGAAGCCUGUGAUCUAUCUAAGUGCUGCUGCUAGGCCUGGCCUGGGCCAGUACCUCUGUAAUCAGCUUGGCUUGCCUUUCCCCUGCUUGUGCCGGGUGCCCUGUAACACUGUGUUUGGAUCCCAGCAUCAGAUGGAUGUUGCCUUCCUGGAGAAACUGAUUAAAGAUGACAUAGAACGAGGAAAACUGCCCCUGCUGCUUGUUGCAAAUGCUGGAACUGCAGCAGUGGGGCACACAGAUAAGAUUGGGCGUUUGAAAGAGCUCUGUGAGCAAUAUGGCAUAUGGCUCCACGUGGAGGGUGUGAAUCUGGCAACCUUGGCUCUAGGUUAUGUCUCCUCUUCAGUGCUGGCUGCAACCAAAUGUGACAGCAUGGUGCUGACCCCUGGCCCGUGGCUGGGUUUGCCGGCUGUUCCGGCCGUGACCCUCUAUAAGCAUGACGAUCCUGCCUUGACUUUAGUUUCCGGUCUUACAUCAAAUAAGCCAGCAGACAAGCUCCGUGCCCUGCCACUGUGGUUGUCUUUACAGUACUUGGGACUCGAUGGGAUUGUGGAGAGGAUCAAGCAUGCCUGUCAGCUGAGUCAGCGAUUGCAAGAAAGUUUGAAGAAAGUGAACCACAUCAAAAUCUUGGUGGAAGAUGAGCUCAGUUCCCCAGUGGUGGUAUUCAGAUUUUUCCAGGAACUCCCAGGCUCUGAUCCAGGACUUAAUGCCACCCCAGCGCCCAGCACAGCCCCCUCAGCCGUCGGCCGAGAGAGGCACUCCUGUGAUGCCCUGAACCGCUGGCUGGGAGAACAGCUGAAGCAGCUGGUGCCCGUUAGCGGCCUCACGGUCAUGGAUCUGGAGGUUGAGGGCACGUGCAUGCGGUUCAGCCCUCUGAUGACGGCGGCAGUUUUAGGGACUCGGGGAGAGGAUGUGGAUCAGCUGGUGGCCUGCGUCCAGAGCAAGCUGCCGGUCCUGACCUGUACACUGCAGCUGCGAGAGGAGUUCAAGCAGGAGGUGAUGGCAACGGCAGGCCUCUUAUACGUUGAUGACCCCAACUGGCCAGGAAUAGGAGUUGUCAGGUAUGAACACGCUAAUGAUGAUAAGAGCAGUUUGAAAUUGGAUCCAGAAGGGGAAAAAAUCCAUGCUGGGCUCCUGAAAAAGUUAAACGAACUGGAAUCUGACCUUACAUUUAAAAUGGGCCCUGAGUAUAAAAGCAUGAAGAGCUGUAUUUACAUUGGCAUGGCGAGUGAUGACAUCGAUGUUUCCGAACUAGUGGAGACCAUCGCAGUCACAGCCCGAGAAAUCGAGGAGAACUCAAGGCUUCUGGAAAACAUGACAGAAGUGGUUCGGAAAGGAAUCCAGGAAGCUCAGGUUCAGCUGCAGAAGGCAAAUGAGGAGCGGCUUCUGGAAGAGGGGGUGUUACGGCAGAUCCCUGUGGUCGGAUCCGUGCUGAACUGGUUUUCUCCAGUACAGGCGUCACAAAAAGGAAGGACGUUCAACCUGACGGCAGGCUCCCUGGAGUCCACGGAACACACAUAUGUCUACAAAGUGCAGGGCUCGGGGGUCACACCGCCUCAGACCCCGACAGGCACUCGCACUAAACAGAGGCUCCCAGGCCAAAAGCCUUUUAAAAGGUCCCUGCGUGGUUCGGAUGCCAUCAGCGAGACCAGCUCAGUCAGUCACAUCGAAGACUUAGAGAAGACGGAGCAACUGUCGGGGGGGCAAGAGGCCUCAGAAGCUAACAGCCCCGAGCGGCACCCAGGGGCGCCCGCCCCUCCGGAAGCCGAGCCGCCUGGAGCCCUCCAGGACGGGGCCCAGGGCCUGCAAGGUGACCACCCGCAGGUAGAAGAGCCAGAGAGCUUAAGAUAA